ACGUAGGGACACAUGCCUGGGUCCUCCCAGCCAUGGAUAACUCCUUUGUUCCUGUGCCGGAUCCAUCCCCACAUCCUGAAUCUUUAAAGAAGGGAAGAAAUUCGUACAGAAUCUCCCAGUUUAGAUUGUUUUCUUUUUUCUUUUCUCUUUUCGUGAUAAACAAACACAGCCUAAGCACCAAACGCAGCUUUAACCUUCCAUCGUUUGGAGUGUAGACAUACUCUCGUCUUCCUCGCCCUCAUUCAGAAGCUUCCCUCGCUCCGCAGUGGAGUUUCUCCACAUGAAUAUCGGCUUGUUUUCCUCUCAUGGAGCUUUUCCUCCCCACGAGUAUCUCCACAGUCCCCACUGUACCCUUAUCCCAUUCUUCUUCUGUGAAACUUCUGUGCAAUGGAUUUCUCUUUCGUCAGAGAAAACGACAUAGAAAAUCUAAUCUUGUCUCUAUACCUCUUCGAAUUUCUCUGAGGUUAGAGCAAGAUUGGUCGUUGAAGGGUCAUCUCAACGAAGAAUAUACUGUAGACUGCGAUAAUUUUUGGGGCGAUUCGAAGAACUAUGUUGAAGUGAUUGCAAUCGGCAGCAGGAAAGAUGCCGUUAUCGAUUUCUGUCUGGAGUCUCCUUUCCAGUCAUCGUCUUGGAGAUUCUGGAAUAUCAUCCUGAAAGAUUCACUGAAUGUGCAGUUACUACAGAGGUCCAUUGGAGAAGGU